UGGCCUCAUAUUUUCCCUCAUUGUUUCAUUCUCUUUCCGAUCUUUGUUCAGCGCAUCCCAGGGCCUUGUCAAGUUCUUCGAAACCACAGUUCCGGAAUCACACCUUCUCACAGGACAACAUGAAGCCAGCCACAUUACUCAAUCUGGCAGCCAUCUUAAACACUGCCAUUGCUUGCGACGCAUGCUAUGGGCCAUCUUCUACAGUUCUUCAUGAACGCCUAGUUCGUCGCAUUCAGCCCGGAUCUAACACCACCGUUGCCGAGCCCCGUGGGCCGUUGGAAUGGGGAGAGCUCAAUUUCUUGCACACGACUGACACACAUGGAUGGUUGGAAGGGCAUCUGAAGGAGGUAACCUACUCUGCUGAUUGGGGCGACUUCGUCUCCUUCUCGAAACAUUUGAAGCAUAAGGCUGGCCGUCUUGGUGUUGACUUGCUUAUUAUUGACACAGGUGACCUUCAUGAUGGUACAGGUUUCAGCGACACCACCGCCCCAAACGGAGUCUUCUCAAACCCAAUUCAUUCAGAGAUUGAUUAUGAUGCGUUGUCGAUCGGUAAUCACGAAUUGUAUGCCAGCGAGAUUGCGUAUGAACACUUCUACAACUACAGCAAGUUCUGGGGCGAGAAGUACGUAACCAGCAAUGUUCAAAUCAUCAAUCCUGCAACAUCACAAUUGGAGUAUGUCAGUUCGAAAUACCGAUACUUCACAACAAAGCACGGCAUUCGAAUCAUGACUUUUGGCGUUAUUUUUGACUUUACUGGGAAUUCAAACGUUUCAAAAGUCAUCAGGGCUGCUGAUAUGGUCAAAGAGCAGUGGUUCAUGGAUGCAGUCAACUUCGUUGAACCUAUUGAUCUAUUCCUCCUCAUUGGGCACAAUCCCAUUCGGACCACCGAUCCUGUGAGCAGUUGGCCCAUUGUUUACAACACAAUCAGAAAUGCUCGACCUACGAUCCCCAUUCAGAUCUUUGGUGGCCACACGCAUAUUCGGGAUUUCGAGGUCUACGAUGACAGAAGCACUGGAUUUGAAGCAGGUCGAUACUGCGAGACUUUGGGCUGGUUCUCUAUGAGCGGCUUGAACUCUUCGACGUAUACUGGGAUAAGUAAACCUCGAAAUGUUCCCAACCCGGCGCGCAAAGCCACCAGUAAUUCGACUUCUGGCCUCGUGUACUCUCGAAGAUACCUUGACUGGAAUCGAAGGACGUUCGAAUACCAUGCAGCAAGCUCUCAAUCAGGUUCCUUUGAAUAUCAUAGUGGGAGUCGUGUCACUGGAGUCAUCACCGAUCUUCGAAAGAAUCUCAACAUCACAUACCUGUUCGGCUGUGCUCCAGACACAUACUGCAUUUCAUGUCAGCCAAUUGAAUCCCCACGAAAUGUCUAUAAUCUUAUUGCAAGGGCGAUGGGUGACAUUGUGAUCAACCCCAGCAGGUCUUUAACCGCUCGCUUUAUCAUCAUUAACACAGGAGGUGUUCGAUUCGAUCUAGUUAAGGGUCCGUUUACUAUAGAUGAUUCUAUCAUUGUCGCUGCGUUCUCGAACGCAUUCAAAUACCUCCCAAGCGUACCUUAUGCGAUGGCGAAAACUGUCCUCGACAGUCUAAAUGCUCAACCUGGUCCUGCCAGACGAGAUUCCUCUGGCGUCACUUGGGGCGCCAUGCCAGAAAUGCGACAUUCCUGUCAGAAUCCAACAAUUGCUUUGGUCUCCGGAACCACCGAGAAGAGGAACCUAGGCAUUAGUCUGCGCCAGCGAGUUGUCACCCCAGGCUAUACAACAGUUGAUGACUUUGGUACCGAUGGAGAUGACACGCCCCAUUCGGCAAUCCCUGAAUACCCAAUCCCCAAAUAUAUCCAAGGCAUUGGAUCUUUACCUGUCGACGGAUCUAUACCGGAUGUCGUUGAUGUGAUCUUCCUGGACUAUUUUGCGGCGAAGGUAGUCGGAAUUUUGAGAGAUCUUGGCGCCAACUACACCCUAAAUGAUGUCAAUUUCUACCUUGACAGCACCUUCUCAGUUCAGAAGACUAUGAUUGAGUACGCAAAGAAAAACUGGCAAGCGAACAUGCCAUCUUGCCCGGUUGGAGCUGGAGUUGGAAGCAAGGUUUGACUGUGGGAGGAGUGAGAAGGAUUUUUAGUCGUCUCUUGAAUGUCGGUAGUUUAUCUGUUGCCGCCUCUCCAAAGUAUGAUGCAUUACGUACUCCUGACUUUGUUGUAUUCUAUACAUCGAUUUACAUGCAGCUAAUCCAACCACACCAAGCCUGUUUUCAACCUGAAACUCGGCUGUGUAAUGAUGCUUUCGUAAGCCAGAUAUCAUUGGUAUCAACCCUUG